GGUGUGUGCUGCUGAGUAGGCUGUGCCCACUGCUACCUGCUGGUCACCUGUGACCACACCGGGCCACAUAUUAAGUCAGGGGUGAUAUGAGCGGGCUGAGACCCACACAGAACUAGACCAGACCUUCUGACAUGAGAGGAGUCUUUAUUAUGGGGGGAGAGAGACAUGGCACGCUGCCCAGCAGAGUAGCACAGCCCCAAGCUGAGCAAAGCGUGGGGUUUUUAAGCUGUUUUUCAGGGUGUCUGUGGGCCAGAACAUUUUCCGGGAGGGGCAUGUCCAUGGGCCAGAACAGCCCAAGCAGGGUGAGUUGUUCGUAAGAGUUGAACGUUGGUUCUGCCAACACAGGUGAGGGCAGAGUUGGCUUUUGUCAAGGGGAACUGGAGUGGCACAGGUGAAGAGGAAGUUUUUAUUCACUCCUUAAUAAAAGAGCUUAAAUCCCCCAUGGUGGCGGGGGCGGGGGGGGGGUUGCCUUGUAACUUAUCAAAGGGAAUAUUUUCACCAGGCUCAUUUAUCACAACUUGCAGUGACAGAGCAAAGUCCAGGUGGGCUGACCUUUCUGUGCCCAACUACUAAAGGCCUGGCAAUGCUCUCGUGCUCCCAGACAGCAAGCAUCUGUCCACAACUGCAGGAGUACAGCUAUGGUGAUCUGGGGCCUGGUGCUGGGAGCCUUGCUGGUGGCCGUCAUGGGCUACCUGUGUCUUCCAGGGAUCUUCCGACAACGCAAGUCCCAGGAGCCCCCGCUGGACAAGGGCCCCAUACCCUGUGUUGGCCAUGCCGUGGCUUUCCGAAAGAACAUGCUUGAAUUCCUGAAGGGAAUGCAGGCCAAGCAUGGGGAUGUGUUCACUGUGCAGCUGGGGAACCAGUUCUUCACCUUCGUCAUGGACCCCCUCUCCUUUGGCCCCAUCCUCAAGAAUACAAAGAAAAAUCUGGACUUUGCGCAGUAUGCCAAGGAGCUGGUACGAAAGGUGUUUGGAUACCAGCCCUUGAAUAGUGACCACCAGCUGAUGCACUCCGCCAGCACCAAGUACCUCAUGGGGGACGGCCUGGCGGACCUGAACGAGGUCCUGCUGGACACCCUGUCCCUGGUGCUGCUGGGGCCCAGAAGCCCAAGACUAGAUGCCAGCUGCUGGCAAGAGGAUGGUCUCUUUCACUUCUGCUACAACAUCAUGUUCAAGACUGGCUACCUGAGCUUGUUUGGCUGCACGGAGGAUAAGGAGCAGGACCUGCUACAGGCAGAGGAGCUAUUCAAGAAGUUCCGCAGGUUCGACCUUCUUUUUCCCAGGUUUGUCUACUCCCUGCUGGGGCCCCGGGAAUGGCUAGAAGUGGGCCAACUCCAGCGUCUCUUUCACAAGAUACUCUCUGUGAGACACAACCCAGAGAAGGACGGCAUAAGCAACUGGUUGGGCUACAUGCUCCGCCAUCUGAGCGAGUGGGGGGCUACCCCAGAUAUGCUGGACAAGUUUAACUUCAUGAUGCUCUGGGCCUCACAGGGGAACACAGGGCCCACCACAUUCUGGGCCCUCCUGUUCCUCCUGAAGCACCCAGAAGCCAUGCAGGCUGUGAAGGAGGAGGCUGCCCAGGUGCUGCAUGGGACCAAGCUGGAAGCCAAGCAGUACUUCACCUUCCGGAUCAGUGCCCUGCAGUGCACCCCUGUCCUGGACAGCGUGAUGGAAGAGACAUUGAGGCUGGCAGCCGCACCUACUCUGAUCAGGGUAGUGCAGGAAGACUACACCCUGAAGAUGGCCAGUGGGUGUGAGUACCUGCUCCGCCGAGGAGACAAAGUAGCCCUUUUCCCCUACCUCUCUGUGCACAUGGACCCUGACAUCCACCCUGACCCCUGCACCUUCAAGUACAAUCGGUUCCUCAACCCUGACGGCAGCCGGAAAAUGAACUUCUAUAAGGCAGGCAAGAAGAUCCACCACUACAACAUGCCAUGGGGCUCAGGUGUGUCCAUCUGCCCUGGCAGGUUCUUCGCCCUCAGUGAAAUGAAGCUCUUUAUUCUGCUCAUGGUCACAUAUUUUGACCUAGAGCUGGUGGACCCUGACACCCCAGUGCCCCCUAAGGAUCCAAGGCGCUGGGGCUUUGGCACCUCCCAGCCCAGCUUUGACGUGCGUUUCCGCUACCAUCUGAAGUCUAUGGACUGAGCUCAGCCAGUCCUGGCUAGGAGGGAUCUGGGGUCUCCCACCUCUGCUCACCCCUCUGCACUGCCACCCACCCUCCCUGGUUGGGAGCCCCCUCCCCCUAUGUCCUGGAUGUCUCAUUCUUUGGCCUCCUGGUCAUCUCAAAGGGGUCUGCAGAACCACCCUGGGACAGAAAGUACAGUGGAAGGGCACUGUCUGGGGCCAAGUUCAUGGAGCGAGGAUGUCCACUUCCCCUACCCCCAUGAGAAAUGCUGCACCUUGCAAACCUCAGCAUCCACCCUCCUAAGCCGCUGUCUCCCACAUCCUGUGGACUUCAGGGUCUAGAAACUGUCAUCCUCUAGUCAAGCCACAGGUGCAAUUUUUAACUUUUGUUUUUUUUUGUCCUUUUGAGACAGGGUUUCACUAUGCAGUUAAGGCUGGCCUUGAGCUC